AUGGAUCCUUCAUCAUCAGCUUCUCAAAACCAUAAGAAUUUCCAUGGAAAUCCAAAGGGCAAGAAAGCUAAAAAGUUCAAUGAAAAGGAAAUUACCAAUCAAUUUGAACGUCAAUUGAAUUUGGGCAAAAAAGGUAAGAAGAAUCAAAUUUCUCUCAAUCAUUUGUUACAUUAUGAAAGUUAUAGAGAAUCCGAUGAAUAUAAAACAAGACAAGCUACCAAACCCAAGAAUAGGUCCAGGACUUCGCGUGGUUCUUUUGAUUAUGCUCCGGAUAAAUAUAAGGUACCGUUAACAGGGAUGUCAUUCAUUAAUUUGAAUUAUAAAUUUGUGGUGGAUUAUAAAGGUAAUUAUAAACCUCAAGAACUUGAUCCUAAUGUUCCAGUAUCAAGAAAGGAUAUCAUUAGAAUCAUUGCACCAAAAGGGAAUUCUUGUCCGAUUUGUUUAUCUGAUGAACCUAUAGCUCCACGAAUGAUCACCGCUUGUGGUCAUAUAUUAUGUUUAAAGUGUUUAUUAUCAUUAUUAGACACGGAAAUUCCUAGUUUCAAGAAGAAGGAAUCAUCUGCUGUGGUGGAAAAAUAUAAGGAAUGUCCCUUAUGUACAUGUAUCAUAAGGAAGAAAGAAUGUAAACCUGUUUUGAUCAAUAACAUCGACGAAAGAUUUGAAACUCCUAAAAUAGGUACUGACGUAAUAAUGACAUUAAUGAGUAGACCUCAUAAUAAGUUAUUUUCUGUACCAAGAUCGAUUGAAAAUGUUCAUUAUCAAAUCAAGAACUUCCCUUCUGUUACUAACACCCCGGAUUUAUCGUCAUAUUCAAGAUUAUUCAAAGCUGAUUUGAAAUAUAUCUUGGAUAUGUAUACUGAAGAGAAGAAGCAAAUCUUACAAGCUUAUGAAGAAGAAAAACUUCUUUAUGAUGAAGACAGUAAAUAUACUUUAAUGGCUAUUGAUGAGAUUAAUAAAGAACUUGAUGAUUGGACCAAUAGAUAUAAUGAAGAUUCCACUGAAUGUGAAUCUAUCGCCAGUAAUGAUAAUAUGAAUGCUGGGAAUAGUUUCUUUUAUUAUGAAACAGGCUUCAACACCAACACCACUUAUGUUUUAUCUCCUUUAGACAUCAAAGUAUUAAAAACUAACUAUAAUGAUGAUUAUGGACAAUUACCUUCAACCAUUAUAGUCAAAAUUGAAAACAUUCAAUAUGAAGAAUUAACUCCUGAGAAUUCCAUGAAAAAAUAUAAAUACUUAUCCCAUUUACCAUUGGGGACUUCCAUUGGGUUCAUUCAAUGUAAUUGGUUCAAAAAUGAUUUCAUUUCCCAAGACACUUGGUCUACUUUCAAAGCAGAUUUAUCUAAGAGAUCUAAAAAGACAUCUCAGAAGUUUGAACGCGAAGACAGAAAUCAGAAACGGGCCCAGCAAGAAGAAGAAAGAAGAACCAAGAUGUUCUUUGAGCAAGAAAAUCAUAAUUUCCAUAAUUCAAGUAAUCAUCGAUCAGAUAAUUUUACUGAAGAAUAUUAUGGAGCCUCAGGAGGUUUAACAAUUGUUGAUAAUAGAGAAUUACCUUCCUUAUUAUCUAAAACAGAAAACACCGAUUUCGAAGAGCUAGAUACUGAACCUUCAACAUCAUCUCAAGAAUUUCAAACUACUGUUUGGGGUACGAAGAUUCGUAAAACUGAAGAAGCAGUUGAAGAAGAUUUGGAAGCUGAAGAAAUGAUCAGAAAAGCUCGAGAAGAAAUGGAAAAAAACCAACCAUCAGGUAAAAAGAAGAAGAAGCUGAAGAAACUUAUACUUCUUUCAUCCAAUAAUUACCUGUAG